UCGAAGUCUUAAUCAAAUCAAAUGGCACCAAAGUUUUAUGGUAGAUGAUACAUUCUUUUAUAACUCACGACAGGACAUCAGUCUGGUCAGGCUUCACGUCACGAAUGUAACAUGAGCGCGGAGUUGCGAAAAUCUGCUGGCUCAGACAUCAAGCGACUGCAGGAGAUGGUGAAACGGCUUGAAGAACAAAAUGCACAACUGAAGAGCACAGAUAGUCGCCGUGUCCCCUCUAACAGAAUCAACGACGAUAACAUGGUCAAAGUCAAGUUAAAUUUAGAUGAUGUCCCGUUAUUGGACUUAAACACUAUGGUAGAGGAAGAUGAGGAUACGUGGUUAUAUGUGUCUCCAAGCCAUCCACCCUCAGUGGAACAGAAGAAAGUUAGUCCCUACAAGUAUCUGAAGGAUAAUUUAGAUGUACCUGAACUCAAUAAAGUGAGAGGCUCUCUUUUGGCAAAAUUGGAGUCUAUUGCAGCACAGGAAGAGGCACUGUCAAGAUCUCCCCCACAUGCCAAUGUAGACACCCAUCACAGUGCAGUGCAAUCACAACCAGUUCAUGAUAGCAGGCAGGUGAGUGAUAAUAGUGACGAUGAUGAUGAAGAAAAGGUUCAAGUAAAACCAAGGAGACGUGUUCCUAUGGCAACUGCAAACCAGGAUGAUUCUGAUUUGGCUGUGCGAGGACCAUUGAGAAGAAGGGGAGCUCCAUCAACAGGUGUGUCUCAGACCUCAAGGCCCAUUAAUAACGAUAGUGAUAGUGAUGAUGACAGUCCACCAUCCAGACCUCAGAGACGUGUUCCAGCACUGAACUCCUCAAGCCAAGAGGAUUCUAGUUUGGUAGUAAAAGGUCCACUAAAAAGAAGAGGACCAUCACCCCAGCCAAGAACAUCCUUAGAUGGAACCUCACUGCAAAGUGAUGACAUGGUUGAUAAUGAUGGCAUUGUUCUGCAAAGGCGCAGUCAAGUAUCACAAGAUCAGGAUGACUUAGUGGUGAAAGGACCAUUGAGGAGAAGAGGAGCUCCUGCACAAGCAAGACAACCAGUAGCAACAGGUCCAUUAAGAAGGAGAGGUGAAUCCCCACAGCCUAGAGCUUCACUGGAUACCACUUCACUACAAAUUGAUGACAAUGAUGCUGGAGGUGUCGUUCCACAGAGACAAGGCCAAGUAUCGCAAAAUAAAGAAGACUUAGUGGUAAAAGGACUAGUACGGAGAAGAGGUGCACCUACACAGGCCAGACAACCAGUGACAACAGGAGCAAUCCAAACAUCAGUGCAAGCUGAUAGUGAUGAGGAAUAUGUCCAACCCAGGAGACGAGUCCCAGCCACCAACAGUCAUCCUCAAAAUGAUCACAAUAAUUCUUGGCAGAGAGACGACAUAAGACCAGAUGAUGAUGUUCCCUUAGUAACAGCAGUGAGAAGACGUGAACCAAAUCAGGUCAGAAGACGUGAGCCUUCAGCCCGAUCACGCUUAGCGGAGGACGCUGAAGUACGCAGGCGCAGUUUACCUCAAACUCCGACUAUUCCAGGCCAGGUUACUGCCAUCAGGCGACCUAACACCCCACCACACUUGCCGUCUCCAAGGAAACCUGUUACACCCAGAGCUGGUCAGCUAGCUGCACCGAGGAGAAUUCCAACGCCUCGUGGAUUGAGCCCAGCGAGAUCCAAUGAUGGCGACAGUUGGAGCGAAGGUUUUUAUUAGCCACACCCUCUAGCAACGUUCUGGGCCAUUUUCUCCGUUUUUUUGUUUGCUUUGGACUUACUGCCAUUUUAAGUUCUGGUUGAGGAGAACCUCAAUCUGUUUUGACAAAAUUUUUAUAACUUUAGGGUGAAAGGGUAACAAAGGGCGAUAAUGUCGUUGGUUGGUAUUUCUGUUUCUUUUGCUAUUUUUUCAUACAUUUUUUUAAAGAUUAUACAUCAAAUGCUUGGUGUUUUGACAGUGAUGACAACAGUGAAACUACAAUGAUGGUAUUGUAGCCGUGAAUGGCAAUUUGGUUUUGCUUGGGUUUAUUUGCUUUUAUUUUACUUGCGAUGAAUGAGUUGGCUGUAAACUUGUUUUUCUGUAUUGGUUCUGGAUGUUUAUCUAUUUCCUAUGAAAGGUGGAGUUAAAAGACUCCGUUUGGUUUUCUGUCAAACCCAGUGACCGUUGUAAGGUUGUUUUGUAAAAUGUGUACAGAUUUCAUUAUCAUUGGUGCAGCUGUCUUGCCGCUCUUUUUUUUUCUUUUCCUGAUUGGGAAAAGACUUUGCUUUGCGCUGAAUGAUAUCGAACGGAAAUCUACUCGAUAGAGUAGUAGAACAACAGGUUUAGUGGUUUGAUGCCCGGUUAACACACAGCAAGGCCAGUUAAAAUAAAAUCAGUCUUAAUUUGUGGCAACAGUACUUCAUAAGAAAACCAAACUGUCGGGGAAAUAGGACAAGUGUCUUAUUACAUCAUUUCUUAUGUUGGAACGGUUACUUUAGGAAAUAAUAUUUAACGUCCUCACGGAGAAUAUUUUAUUUCGGACAAAAAUAUUAGGAAUUGUUUUAAAUUUCAAGAAUAUUGAGAGUAAUAAAGUCGUGAAUUAAACUUU